AUGUGUCCCUAUCAUGUGGAGCAGCGAUCACCCAUUGGCAAGCCGCCGGUAAAUCGACGCUCCGUAGGUCAUUACGCCUUCAGGACGCCGCCGGAAAACCCUCCGUCUUCGGCACCCACCGGAGUCCCACCUGCGCUACAGAAAUCCUGCGCAGGUCGUUACGUGAAAAAACCUUUCCGCUGGCAUGGAAAACAGCUUCCCUUGUUCCAAUUCACAAAUCCGGUAAUUCAAACCAAGUGUCUAACUGGUGUUUCCAUCCUGUGCUGCCUAAGCAAAGUGUUUGAGAAGCUGAUAUAUAAUGUGCUAUACACUGUUGCAUCGCCUAUUAUAUCCGAUUCUCAACAUGGGUUCAUGAAGAAUCGAUCAACAACGACGAACCUGAUGUGUUACGUUUCGGCAUUGUCACGUGAGAUGGAGAAGGGAAGGCAAAUCGAUGCGAUAUAUGUGGAUUAUGCUAAAGCUUUUGAUACCGUACCGCACAAUCUUGUCAUCGAGAAAUUGGAGCAUAUUGGCUUCCCGAGUUGGAUAACGGAGUGGAUAGCUUCAUACUUACCUAGUCGUAGUGCAUACGUUGUGGUUAACUCAAGACGAUCUCAAUUCUUCGACAUUACGUCUGGGUUCCUCAAGGGAGUGUUCUUGGACCACUGA